AUGGCAGAUAAAGAUGAAAAGCAUGACACUGAAAAUGAGGAAGAUACAAUCGCCAAGGACAUCGUCGUUACAAAGUAUAAAAUGGCAGCUGAAAUUGUCAACGAUGUUUUAAAGAAAUUAAUAGAGAAGUGCGAAACAAAUGCAAAGAUACAGGAUCUUUGCGAUCUCGGAGAUCAGUUGCUAACAGAACAAACAAAUAAAGUUUUCAAAACCAAAAAAGACAUGAAAAAGGGAAUUGCUUUUCCAACAUGCAUAUCAGUCAAUAACUGCAUUUGCCAUUUUUCACCUUUGAAGUCUGAAGCUGAUUCAUUUUUAAAAGAAGGGGAUUUAGUUAAAAUAGACUUAGGUGCCCAUAUUGAUGGCUUCAUAGCAGUGGUUGCCCAUUCCUUGAUUGUUGGUGCUACUCCAGAAAACAAAGCGACAGGUCGAAAAGCAGAUGUUGUACUGGCAGCUCAUCUUGCUUCUGAAGUUGCAUUGAGACUUGUCAAACCAGGCUCUGAAGUAUAUUCUGUUACGGAUGCGAUACAAAAGGCAACUGAAUGUUACAAGUGUAAACCAAUAGAAGGAAUGGUCUCACAUCAACUACAGAAACAUGUGAUUGAUGGAAAGAAAACCAUUGUUCAAAAUCCAUCUGAGGCUCUUAGGAAAGAAUAUGAGAAAUGUGAGUUUGAAGUGCAUGAAGUAUAUGCCAUCGAUGUCAUUGUCAGCACAGGAGAGGGAAAGGGCAGGGAAUCUGACAUUAGGACGACAGUGUACAAAAAGAAAGAUACAAUCUACAACUUAAAGAUGAAGGCUUCCAGGCAGUUUUACAGUGAGGUGGAAAAGAAAUAUGGUGUGAUGCCUUUCACAUUGAGAUCUUUUGAAGAUGAAAUCAAGGCUAAAAUGGGAGUCGUUGAAUGUGUGAAGCAUCAAUUGGUUGAGCCUUUCAAUGUCUUAUUUGAAAGAGAAAAUGAAUUUGUGGCCCAGUUCAAAUUCACGGUUCUUCUAAUGCCAAAUGGUCCCAUGAAAAUCACGGGCUUGCCCUUCGAUUCAUCUUCUUAUCAUUCAGAGCAAACCAUUGAAGAUGAAGAGAUCAAAGGCCUGCUAGCUGCUUCUGCAUCUCGGAAAGCCGCAAAGAAGAAAAAGAAGAAGGCAGAGAAAGCGAUCAUAGGUGGGGAGGAUGCCGAAACUGCUGCUGUUGCUGAAGAAGUUGUUGCAGAAACUUAA